GCCGUUCUUUCGUCUUCUCUUUUUUGUGUUUUCAUUAUCGUGUCACAAAUUUUCGUUUUCGGAUACGAUACGGGCAGUGUAACUUAAUUGUGAGGCAUCGCCUCGUGCAGAUCUAUAUUAUGUCUAUGGUGCAGAUAACGAGAAACUUUACAUGCCAUCGUUUUUCCUUCUUCGAAGCGCAUGCGCAGUACCAGCUAGCUGACUUGAGUCACUCGAAUGCAGUACUUCUACCAGAGUAUCUUUACUAUUUUUACUAUAAGUAAAAUAUCUAAAUACUUGUUCCACCACUGAUGAAAAGAAAUCCUGCUUCACUGUGCCACUUGAUAAUUUGUGCUGACUACAAGUCCCAAAAAAACAGGACGAUUUGUCUUAUGUUGAUGACGUAUUUUUAGCGCGCCUCACCUCUUAAUACAUCCAGAAUACAUCCAGGACUGUUGUUCCUAACGAUACGCUAAACCUCUUAAACUCAUAACCGCAAAUUUAACGGUAUCCAUCACUGAUGUCUCAACAACCGCAACAAACGGUGCCCUCCGCCCCGGACUCCCCUGCGCUGGUGGUCACCAGUAACGUGCAGAAAUAUGCCAUCAAGAAGAAGAAAGUCCUCAGUGCUGAAGAGGCAGAGCUGUUUGAAGUAACCCAGGCUGCAGGCAUCACCAUGGACCAAGAGGUCUUCAAGAUCAUAGUGGACCUGUUAAAGAUGAAUGUGGCUCCUCAAGCAGUCUUCCAGACUCUGAAGGCGAUGUGUGCAGGCCAGAGGGUAGCUGACAGCUGCAGCGGCGGAGAGACUUCAACUGCCUCCCACGCCACUAGCAUCACCACAGCACCAACAGAGGCCAGAGAAGAAGACUCUUUGGUUUCUGGAAAGAGCCCUAAGCCUCCUGCAGCUCCCCCCUCAGCGUCUGUCCCCAGAGCCACAAGGGUCAACACUAAGAUUGUGGUCUACGGCCCCCAUGACGCUAGCGCUCCUCACUCUCAAGUGCGCGGUAAAGCUGGAGCGAGCCACGGCGAGAAGAGCAGAGAGGCGUCCAGCCAGCGAGUGCAGCGGCAGCCCAGCGCCACCAGAGGGCAGAAGACUAAGAGCUCCGGCAGCAGCAGUUCCUCCUCUCAGAUAAACUCCACAUGAGACAGAGCAGGGCAAUAUGUACGGAAGAGGAUUAGGGACACGUGGACAAAUGUGUUGAUUACUGAGUUUAAAAGUCCGCAUCCUGAGAAUGAAGUCAGAAUUCUGACUUAAAAAAAAAAAAAAAAUUACAAAAAAAA